GUUUGACAGCUGAGAAAGAAAAUAGAUCACAGGGACCGCUCUCAAAGAAACGGAUAAAUAAAGGAUAAAGGAACUACUCAAUCAUCUGUACAAGCCUGUAACCCAAUACACUAUGUCAAGGCAAUCCCACCGAACCACAGACGGCAAGAAGAUGGUCACAAAUCUUGCGGCUGUGAUGGCACACUGUGGAAUUUCACCCAAUAGAUCUCUGUUUCUCUGUGUAGAACUCUGAGUUGUUCACUCUGACGUAUGGAGCCCUGGUAACCCAGCUGUGUAAGGACUAUGAGAACGACGAGGAGGUCAACAAACAACUGGAUAAGAUGGGAUAUAAUAUCGGAGUGCGUCUCAUUGAAGACUUCUUGGCGCGAUCCAGCAUUGGGAGGUGUCAGGAUUUCAGAGAAACGGCUGAUGUCAUCGCUAAGGUGGCGUUUAAGAUGUACCUGGGCAUCACCCCCAGUGUGACCAACUGGAGCCCAGCAGGGGAUGAGUUGUCCCUUAUCCUGGAGAGUAACCCCCUUGUGGACUUUGUAGAGCUGCCUGACAACCACAGCUCCCUGGUCUACUCCAACCUGCUGUGUGGGGUACUCCGAGGAGCUCUGGAGAUGGUACAGAUGGCAGUGGAUGUGAAGUUUGCUCAGGACACCCUGAGAGGAGACAAUGUCACAGAGAUCCGCAUGAAGUUCAUCAAGAGGAUGGAGGAGAACUUUCCGGCCGGCGAUGAGUGAGGGAAACAGAGGGAGGGAGAAAGCACCACCCUCCACCACUCUUCUUUUCCUGCUCUCCAUCCAUCCUCAAUCUGAUGUCACUCAAGGCGGUACGGAGAGAGAGAGAGCGAGAGAGAGAUGUAUAAUGAUAAACCCUUGACUGAGAGACUGAAUGAAAAGAGAGAGCGAGAGAGAGAGAGAGAGAUGUAUAAUGAUAAACCCUUGACUGAGAGACU